AUGAGGCCGCUCAGCAACCCUUUCCAACUCUUCGACAUCGCAGCCCUCUUCGGGCUAUCUGUUGAGGGCAAUAUGUCUGAAGAUCAACCCUUCCGAUUGCUCCACCUCCCAAGGGAGAUUCGCAACAUGAUCUAUCAUGCAAUUCUGUGCGACUGGGGAGUGCAAGGCCCAUUCCACCAUCAUCUUACUGACGAUAGUAAGGAAAUUCGGCUCCAGAUCAUGGCACGCAAGGUCGAGCUCAACAUCUUGUUUGCCAACAAGCAAAUCUACCAAGAGGCGAAGCAAGUCUUCCUCGAGGGCAACCAGUUCAUCCGCAUCAAGAUCAGUGCGAGGAACCGCAGCCCCCUCAUAUACCCCUUCUCCCGUUCGUCCCGUUCGUCCCGUCCGUCCCGUUCGUCCCGUUCGUCACAGAUCGCUGUAAUCGCCUCGGGUCGCGAGAGUGUAUACCGAUUCAGGAACAUUACGGUCAUGGAGCACAUAAUCGAGUUUCCUGGAGAUCAGAGCGACUUUGGUGAAUCCGAAAUAGACGCCAUCAUACUGCAGCGCGACCUGCGGAUCUUCGCCACCAACUUCGCUCUUUUGGACACCUAUUCCCGCCGCUUUGUUGGUCAAUCCAAGCAUCAAAUCUGCAUCCACAACCCUUUUGAAGAGACUGAAUGCCCGGGUUUUCUCAAGAAUACCAAGAAUCUGGAAAAGCUUCUGGGGCCGUACCUCAAAAAGUUCCAAGGUUUCGAGGACGUGAAACUCUCCGGGAAGAUCGAUGAGGACGUUGCAAAGUCCAUGGUUGCACAGAUGAACAGCGAGCGACCUCUGACCUCCCCACCGAGCAAGCUCAUAGACAAGGUCAUCAACUUGCAGAGUCUUGGGGACCAGCUUUACCUCGAGAACAAAUACAAGCCCGCGCUGAAGGCUUGGAACACUGCACAGAUGGCCCUUCUGGCCCAGGCGAAUCGCAAGGCGUGGCCUACGUUCAUUCAGACCGCAGGCAAGGACUUUACGGACCACCUCAGCGAUGUGGCCUUCCAAGUUGAGAUCAGCAGGAUCCGAGUCUACCUCUCCAUGAUAGAGGCAGACCCAAGCAGUGGUGAUGUGAACCGCAUCACGAAGUCCUGGGUGUCACACCUGACCAAUAAAUGCACCGACGCCUUGCAAGUCGGAGAAACACUGGGCACAGGUUGGACCCCAACCGACGAUCGGAAGGCCACGAUCUAUUACUGUUGGGCAAAGGGAUACCGACUGGCCGGUGACGAUGUCCAAUUUGCUGAGGAUGCCAUCCGUCUAGCCGAUCAUCUGCGCCCUGAUGACGAGGAGAUAGGUGCUGAGAUGGAGAAGAUUGCGGAGUGGAAGCACAAUAUGGGAUUGCCAUAG